AUGGUUCCACUAAAACCUCUCCAUACAGCUCCCCGUAACAGUACAUCCCCACAUGACGAUCAAUCAUGUCUUACAGUAGUACAGACUCUGUAUACUAACUCUUGCCAUGUGAACUUACCUCGUAGACAAGCUCCAAGGUGGGCCGAGCACAGCUGUGCAAGUCCGGUACUUAAACGGCUCUCUAGCCCCACCAUCUGUUCUCCACACCUGGCCCAGUCUACUUUCCCCCAGAUCAAGAUGCUCUUUCCACAACUCCUGCUGGCCACCGUGGCCAUGGGAUUCUCCCUAGAGUCCAUCCCCAACCGAUCUCUCUCGUCGCAGAAAAACAACGGCCUCGGUCUCGACACCGUCACCGAGUACACUGGCUACCUGACCGCCAACGAGACGGAGCACUUUUUCUACUGGGCGUUUGAGUCGCGAAACGACCCCAAGAACGACCCAGUCAUUUUGUGGCUCCAGGGAGGCCCCGGCUCGUCCUCCGAGCUCGGAAACCUGUUCGAGAACGGCCCCUCGCGAAUCGGAAAAGACCUCAAGCCCAUCCACAACCCCCACGCCUGGAACAACAAUGCCACCAUCGUGUACCUGGACCAGCCUGCCGACGUGGGCUUCUCAUACACCGACAAGCCUCAUUCGGUCGUCAACAGCGCCCAGGCCGCCACCGAGGUGUACAACUUCCUCGAGCUCUUCUUCGCCAAGUACGACCACUUGCCCAAGAAGCUGCACGUGACAGCUGAGUCGUACGGAGGCCACUACGGACCUGCCACCGCCUACGAGAUUCUGCAGCACCCCGACCGGUCUUUCACUCUGGAGUCGCUCGUGGUCGGCAACGGCAUGACUGAUCCCCUCAACCAGUACACCGAGUACGGCCCCAUGAUGUGCGGCAAGGGCGGCGUGGCUCCUGUGGUGGACCAGAGCACGUGCCAGCAGGUCGACGAGGCCGCCAAGGAGUGCAUUCCUCUGAUCCAAAAGUGCUACGACACCGGAGCUCCUCAGGACUGCGCCGACGCCGUCAACAACUGCAACGACAAUGUUCUUGGUCUAUAUCCUUCUUCUCUCAACCCUUACGAUGAGACCAAGCAGUGCGAGCAAGCUCAGGACGAUGGCUGCUACACCGAAACUGACUACAUGACGGAGUGGCUCAACCUGCCCUCCACCCUGGAGGCUAUCGGAGCCAAGCACAACUGGACCGGUUCUUCUGGAACCGUCUACAACGACUUCACCGAGACCUCUGGAGACUGGAUGCUGCCUGUGGUGCGAGACAUUCCUGCCAUUCUCAAGGAGGUGCCCGUGCUGAUUUACGCCGGCGACAAGGACUGGAUCUGCAACUGGCUGGGCCAGAAGAAGUGGACCGAGGCGCUGGAGUGGCCCGGCAAGCAGGGAUUCAACGACGCCCAGUUCAAGCCCUUUUCCGCAGGCGGAAAGCAGGCUGGUGAGGUGCGAAACUACCAGCAGUUCACCUUUCUGAGAAUCUUUGAUGCUGGACAUAUGGUUCCCCAUGACCAGCCCGUGGCUACUUCGGAGAUGAUUAACCGAUGGAUGAGUGGAGAUCAUCAGCUGGAGUAG